UCUGGGCCAAUAUGUUUUCAGGGCUCGGAAGCCUGCAAGAGCUUUGGCUAAACGGCAAUGAUCUCAGUGAGUUGCAUGCCGAAGUAUGGACCAAUAUGCUGUCAGAACUCGACCAGUUGCAGAAGCUUGUGCUGUACCGUACCGGUCUUAACGAGUUGCCAGCAAUUUGUUCAAAAGUAGAGUGCCGCAACUACUUGAACUGAGAUAUCCUGCGGUUACGCUGUCUGUUUCUGUGAAAACGAUGGAAUACUCUGCCUGGGGCUGGGAUUUCGCAGUGAUGAGGCGAAAAAAGUCCAGUGCACCCACUGCAGUGGCACCUGGCGUGCUGCAACUGGAGAGACGAUCUGAAAAGACCGAGGCACCAGAACUCAGUCCAGUCGAAGUCGCCAACGUUAUCAAAGUCACCUUGAAACUUUCUGAAAGCUUUGCAGAUAGUGACAAUUGCAAGGGUUUCUACCAUGGAGGAAGUUCACUGCGGCAGCGGCUCGAACGCCCAGCACUGCGCGACGAGUUUCGAGAGUCGCCCCCGGUGCAGGUGGCAAGUGCUUCCAACCCCAACAGGUAUCCUUUGGUUGUGAAACCUGGUGAUAGGUGCAUUUUGCCGCCAACUCUGCCAGAGGACCUCCCUGCAGUGGUCCUGGAAGAGUUCCUCGCACUUCAGGACUGCGGCAGGGCUUGGAGUUGCCCUGAGAGAGAUGGAGAGCCUCAUGUACUUGGAGCUAUGGUUCAUGAACUUGCCAUGUUUGGAAGAAUUCGGAUGCUUCAGUUCUGCUUUGCAGUCUUCGCGAAACCUGGAGAGUAUAGUUAUUGAUCUCAGCGGAUGUGG